AUGAUGCCUGCAGGGGAUACAAAUAUAUAUAUAUAUAUAAAUACAGUUGCCGUGCAGCAAGGACACCCACAGCGAAGCCGAGAAAGCGGAGCGAGAGGACAAAGAGAAGGAAGAACAGAGCACAGCAUAGAAGGAAGAAGAGGAGGAAAAAAAAAAAGAACAGCAACCACCACCACAACAACAAAUACACAAAACAAAGAAGAAGGAAAAACAAAAAAAAGACACACAUAUAUAUAUAUAUAUAUAUUUCUUUACUGGAAGAGAAAUUUGCUUUUUGCCUGCCUUAUUACCCACCGUUUUUUUUUUUUUUUUUUUUCUCUUCCUGCCGCCGCAUUUUUUACGGGCGUCUUGUUGGACGGAAAUCGAGCAAAACUGGCCAACCACCACAAGAAAUCCUCCCGGGAAGGAUCAACAUCCCCGCCGCCUCUGCCGCAGAAGGAACCGCAAUUGUGCAAGGGACAUGUAAGCGGCAGCACAGGAAAUGCUGAGGACUCUGAAACCGGCGAAGAAGCCAGCGGAGACAGCAGCAGUUGUAGUGGUAGUAGUAGCAGUAUUAGCAGCGGUUGUAGUUGUAGCAGUUGUAGGAAUAAAACCAGCGACAAUAUUAUUAGCGGGGUAAACCCGCGACCGAAAUUAAACACGAAGCAGAAGAACACCAGCCAUGGCGGCCACCCUUUUCGCCAAGAGGAGUUGGCUCGCACGACGGCGGCUCUCAUGGGGUUGUGCGUCAAACCUCCUCUUGCCAUGGAGGGGCACCCGAGCAACAGCGGGGAUGACAACAGCAACGGUGCGGAAAGGCAAAGCAAGGCUUGCCCGUCCAUUCACGCACAGCAACAACAAUCAGCGUCAGAGUCGCCAAACACUUUGUUCUCCAAUUCCAGCGUCAUGGAUAACGCAUCGUCAUUAUCGUCUGCCGCAAUCCCGCCAGCACCGCCCCCAACCACCGCCCCCUCUUCAUUUUACCCGGAGCAGGUUGCCUUUCUUACUUCAGUGGGUGAAAUGGCAAAGCGACUGGCACUCCAACGCAAGCCCACGCACCGUGGCGAAGGUCAUGGCAACGCACACCACGGAAUUGACAUGGAUUUACCUUUUCUGCGCCAAGGAGAAGCACCGCUUUCUGUAAAGACAUUGGUGCGGGGCGAGGGACAGCGGGUCCGGCUGCGUCUUGCCCUGGAAUCUCAGCUGCAUCAUCAGAAUCAAGGUUCACAAAAUAAGAAUUGCGGAAACACGGCCGCCAAACAAAAGGGAGAUUCUUUAAAAGAUAAUGGGGAUGCUGGAAGGAGCUUGAGCGUGGGCCGCCGAGCGGCGGGAGUCCAAUACAAUCACCCUGCCAGCCUGUGUACAAUUCUUUCUUGUUUUGCUCCGCUGAAAGCAUCGUACUGGCAGGAUGAUCGUCUUGUGGAGCCCUAUCUUGGGGAAUGCUACGACCCAGACCCCCAGCGUCGUCGCGGCAAUAGGAGCGAUGAAAAUACCGUCAUUGAGAGAGGGGAAGACGGCGGCGCGGGCGGCGAGGAGUUGGACGGUGACAGCUGCUCCGUUGACAUAAAUGACAAGACGGAUAGUCGUUCCGACUGUGAAUCGCAUGAUGGAUCCGAUCGCCUGCGGCAGAUGCGGGGCCACAGUGAAAGAGCAAUGCGAUCGUACGGCAAGAUGCUCACUCACAACCGCUGCAGGAAUGACCCGGUCUUUCAUGAUGCCUUUUUUCUGGACACAGGCAACAUCACAGGCGGAGAACGGCGUAAGAAACUUAUAGUUCUGCAGUCGUACCGUGCCUCUGUUAUAUCUUUUGUGGAUAUGAAGGUGCUGAAAAAGGAUAUUAACAAUGACUUUUACAUUCAGCAUCCCGAGCUUGAAAUACGUGAGAUUAAACUCACCCAUCUGCGAAAAAUACGCGCUGCGCUGCUUAACUUUGCUCUCGAGGAGAAUUCCCCUAUAGAGGUGGUUACCGUCGCGCAUGCCAAUUGGUACUUUGAGCGACUUGUCAUGCGGGGAAUGGUUGGCAAGCGGAACUGCGGACUCGCUCUCGCCGCGUGUAUUCUACUCGCCGUGAAGUUCAUUGAGACAGGCGACAUUCACAAGAAGAUUCAAUACGUCAAGACACGCUUCCGACAAGACGAGGCAUUCGCCAGCCUGACGUGGCAGAAGGUUCAGGAAUGGGAGUUCCGUGCGUAUGUUGGGCUGGAAUUCACGCUGAUGCCGGAGAACGGCAAUCAGGUCGUCGAGGCACACUUGGAGCGACUGUUGGGCCAAAUAAACCUCACAUCGCAGGAGUACUACAGCAAGAAGUUCGCACUGCCAUAG